UAUAUUUUCAAACAACGGUGUGCUCAAAAUAUUGUACUUUCUGAACAAGGGAUCUAUACAUUGCUUGUUCCUCAAGUUGAGAGGUUGUUCACUACCGAUAUCAGAAAGCAGUUUCCACAGAUCUGCAAAUUCCAAUAUGUCGACCGAAGAAGAAGCCGUCAGACGCCGUACGGCACUCGCCGACUAUCGGAAGAAGCUCCUUCAGCACAAGGAGCUUGAUGCUCGUGUUCGGACAGUGAGAGAAAACUUGCGGGCUACCAAAAAGGAAUAUGCUAAAACAGAAGAUGAUUUAAAGUCUCUUCAGAGUGUUGGGCAGAUCAUAGGAGAAGUGCUCCGACCUCUAGAUAAUGAGCGUUUGAUAGUUAAAGCUAGCAGUGGCCCACGGUAUGUGGUUGGCUGUCGCAGUAAAGUGGACAAGGAAAAACUGACUUCAGGCACAAGAGUGGUUCUCGAUAUGACGACACUUACAAUUAUGCGAGCACUCCCCCGUGAAGUUGAUCCUGUAGUACACAACAUGCUUCAUGAAGAUCCAGGUAACAUAAGUUACUCUGCUGUGGGUGGACUGUCAGAUCAGAUCAGGGAGCUGAGAGAAUCCAUAGAGUUACCUCUAAUGAACCCCGAGCUUUUCCUUCGUGUUGGGAUUAAGCCUCCAAAGGGUGUUCUUCUCUAUGGGCCACCUGGAACGGGCAAGACAUUGUUAGCCAGGGCAAUUGCUAGCAACAUAGAUGCCAAUUUCUUAAAGGUUGUGUCGAGUGCCAUUAUUGAUAAGUACAUAGGUGAGAGUGCAAGAUUGAUCCGGGAAAUGUUUAAUUAUGCUCGUGAUCACCAACCCUGCAUCAUUUUCAUGGAUGAGAUUGAUGCAAUUGGUGGACGUCGUUUUAGCGAGGGGACAAGUGCAGACCGUGAAAUUCAAAGAACGCUCAUGGAAUUGCUUAAUCAGUUGGAUGGAUUCGACCAGCUUGGCAAGGUAAAAAUGAUUAUGGCAACGAAUAGACCUGAUGUUUUGGACCCAGCUCUUCUUCGCCCUGGUCGGUUAGAUAGAAAGAUAGAAAUACCCUUGCCUAAUGAACAAUCAAGAAUGGAAGUCCUCAAGAUCCAUGCUGCUGGGAUAGCAAAACAUGGUGAAAUUGAUUAUGAGGCUGUUGUCAAGCUUGCUGAGGGUUUUAAUGGGGCUGAUCUGCGGAAUGUUUGCACUGAAGCCGGUAUGUCUGCAAUUCGUGCAGAGCGUGAUUAUGUCAUCCAUGAGGAUUUCAUGAAGGCGGUAAGGAAACUGAAUGAAGCAAAGAAACUUGAAUCAAGUGCUCACUACAGUGCUGAUUUUGGUAAGGAAUAAGCACGAGCAUAGGGCCCUCGGACCAAAUGACACAACUGAACGCGAUCUUUGCUGUGCUUGUGCCGUUUGAGAUUUGUUCUUUCUGUAUUUUAGAUUAUGUAAAGCAGCCACCCUUUCCCUGAAAGCAGCUGCAGUUACUGAUUUAUUUCUGUCACAUCUGUUGAAGAAUGUCAGAAUAGAAGAUACACUGUGGAUGUUUAUUUGCUGUAUUGCGUUUCUAUGUACUGAAUUAUUAUUUGCCUUGGACCCAAAAAGAAAAACAAACGUUUACUUGAUCCUCAGGUUGUAUAAAGGUCGUGGUACUCAAUACAGCAUAGGGAUCCAAUCGAACUCUGUUC